AUGGGUUCGAAAGUAUGGAAAUUUUCAGUGUCCAUAGCUGGCAAGUUACAGCCUAAGGCUUUAGGUCGUGCUGAGUUAAGAUUGUCUUCAACUAAACCUUCACUUCCGAUCCUAACGUUGUAUACCAAGGUAACACUAGCUGAAAUUUGUAUAUGAAAAAUUUGUAAGUAUAGCCUAUAAUGUAUAAGUUAACAGCACAAUUUUCAAUCCGGGUUUUAAUACAUUUUCACUCCACAACAUCUAAAUGCUUUUUGUGUCUCAGAGAUGCUGCUCAUCUCUGGAAAAAAAUUUAAAAUUGGAAAAUGUUCAUAAAGACCCUUUCUUGAACAAAUAUGAACAUUCUAUAUUGGCUGAUAUAUUAGAUGCAUAGAUGAAACAUUUCACUCCUAUACCUGCCAACUCUCACGCCUGCGGGUUGAAAACUUCGAUCUCACGCCGGCUCACGCCUGCGCGCCAAUUUCUCACGCCUGAUUGAAAAAUGUGAGUUGUUGCCGUCCUGCUUGACACAAUUUCCAAAAAUACGUUAACUCAGACCCAUGUAAGGAACGAAAACCAUGUGUAAAAUGAAUAAAUGGCAAUACCUUCCUCGUGACCUCUGAUUUUUGAAGUGAAAAGCACUGGGAGCGAGCUCGCCUUUGGCAGACUUCGGCAGACUUCGGACGUCUUCGGAAGACUUCGGACGUCUUCGGAAGCCUUCGGACUUCUUCGGGAAUGAUCGUGUCGUCUUCAAAAAUCCCAGCACUCCCAGGAUAAAAAUCUGACGCUUAUAUCUCAGAAAAAGUUGGCAGGUAUACACUCCUUACUUGUAGAACUCUACUUUCCGGCUGAAUACAUAAAUCAAUAUAAGGUUUGAGACUGAACUAGCCACCUGUUCAUAGAGGAUUUACUGAUGAGAAGCAAAGUUAUUCUUAUUCCAGUUGUUUAUUGUCUUUAGCAGGUCUGUCCACUCUGUGAUGAUGCCAAGGCAGUACUAGAAAGUUUCAAGCGCAGGGUCUGUUCAUCAAUCAAUCAAUAAAUCAUCAAUCAAUCAGUCAGUCAGUGAAUCCCAAUCCUGCUGAGGCUUUUCAAAACCUGACCAACUUUAAGACAGCACUAGUUCAUUUUGCCACUCUCUUUAAGACAUAUUAUAUUACAGCUCUUAUUUCUUUAACCCUGAUUCCCUUUGUUUCAGCAUAGAAUUAAAGAAAUUUUUUUAAACUAGCAUCACGAAAUUAAUAUUUUUUUGGACCCCCCCCCCCCAAAAAAACUGCUGGUUCCACAAAUGUAGACCACUCAUCCCCAGCCCUGCACUAGACCAAAUAAGGGAGAGUGCCAUUUGCUAAAAUGAGUCUCACUUGCUCUGUAAGGGCUGACUUCUGUUAUUCAGUUCCUCUUCUUUUAAAAAAUGUGCUAAUGUUUGGUUAAAACUGGUCAUUGUUUUUUUGUUUUCAGUUUCAUUUUGAGGAAGUGGAUAUCACAGAAAAGGGCAACGAAGCAUGGUUUUCAAAGUAUAAAUAUGAAAUUCCAGUGUUUCACUUAAAUGGAACAUUUUUAAUGAAGCACAGAGUGAAUGAGGAAUUACUUGAGAAGGAGCUGAGAAAGUGUGAGGACAAUCCAGAUGCUACAUAAAUGAGCAAUAUCAACUUUUACGUUAAAAUGUAUAUGGUACUCUGAAUGUACCUGCAAGUCCCGUGCCGUAAUGAAUUUAGGAAAGAAUUGUAAAUUAAGCCUCUAUUAAAUGGUCACUUCUAUCAAGCCACUGCAACCUGUGACCUUCUGGCCAUCUAGCUGAGAGUUCUCUUAUUGUUAUCACCUCCGUUAAGCAGCCAUCAAGUGCUUGAUACACUUAGUUAACCUUUGGCUUCAUUUUAAAAACGUGUUGAAGAAAAGUGCUGUCUGAGAUAUGAAGGUGAC